CAAGUUCUGUCAAUGUCAAAAACAUGCCGAGCAAAUAAAAACAAACUUGGUGUUUGUGAUGUGAUUGUUGAAUUUGAUGGUAUAUUUCUUUUAUCAUCAUUCAGUUUCAUCUAUAAACAAAACGAGCUGAAAUACAGUUACUCGGAUAAAUCUUAUCUAUAAUGGCAGGCAGAGGACGUGGACGCGGAAGCACUCUAUCACUUACUCACGAACAACUUCAGGCCUUGGGUAUAGCUCGAGGGGAAACCACUGCUCAAAAUCUUGCACCGCCACCUUUAUUCCCUAAAUUAGAAGCUAAACCUCUGCCACUAGUGAGUGAUGCGACGACAGACUACAUGCUAAUCGUGAAGGAUCAAUUCAUAGAAUAUUUGCACGAUUCACCAGCGUAUGUUAAGGUCAAAACACGCACCGAUGGAAUAGAAAGGUACUCGGAUAAAUACAAAGUUGCAUUAGAUGCUAAACAGGACAAAGUUUUGAAUUGUGUAUGGAAUAAUUUGCCAGCGGAACUCCGACCUCAGGCCAGCAGGACACGAGUGGCACGAAAGAGAAAACUUGAAGACCCAGAAGAAAUAGCAAAAAGAUUACAGACACUAGAGAGUAAAGAAUCAAUGGAAGAAUCAGAAGAAACUACAGAGAAUAAUGAAAAUAAAGAUAAAUCUAAAAAGGAGGUUGUAAAUGAUGAUGAGGAAUUAGAAGAUGAAGAGGAACAAGACGAAGAAAUAGAUGAUGGCACAGAUUAUGCUAACAACUACUUUGACAAUGGUGAAGAGUAUGAUGAGGAAGAUGACAAUCUUGAUGAUGGUCCAGUUUAUUAAUUGGUGACUAUUUUAAAAAUCCCACUUUAUGAGCUAGACUGUGGUAUUUAUCUUGAUAUAAUGUAAAAAGUUAGUUUUUAUCAGCUGAUAAUAUUAUAGUAUAAAGUAUUUGUUUUUAUA